UCCAUGUUACGGAGACCCUGAAACAGCAACAUUACAACACAGUCUGAGAUAGGACAGCAAUUGAAAAAAUACCUUUAUUUGAAAUGUUUUUACAGAAAUUAUUUGUCUUAUUUCUAAUGCUCUCUGUCACUGUGGGUCAGGAUACAAGGACAGUUCUUAUCCAAUCCCCUGAAGCAGUGACAGUGCCUGAGGGUGGGACAGUGACAUUUCGCUGUGACUUGCGAAGCAGCAAUGUCAAUUACACCGUGGACAGAUAUAAUGUACACUGGCACCAUUCCCGACGCUGGCCGGUCAUACUGAGUCAUUAUGUGGGCGGCCGUGUUUACCGAUCGAGAGGAUUCUCUGAGCGGUUUCAGCUUUCCAGAAAUGUGACCAGUAACAGCUACAUUCUGACCAUCACAGAGCUGCAGCUCAGUGACACCAAUACCUACAUCUGUCAGAUUUGGGGGAACGUCUUUGGGAAAGGGACCCGGCUGAAUGUGACCAGUGCAAAUCCCCCAGUCCUUCUCCAGUCUCCGAGCCUGGAACAUGUCACCGAGGGUCACACUGCCCAGUUACAGUGCACCAUGAGGAACGCCACAGUGACACACACUGAUGUUCACUGGAACCGCAAACAACCAGGGAAAAACGUGGAGAGGGUUUUAACACAUGACGUGAGGAACAUCACACAAUGGAGCCAAGGAUUCACUGAGCGAUUCCAGUCUUCUAGAGACCCCUCCAAUAACAGCUUCAUUCUGACCAUCACAAAUCUGCAGCCCAGUGACACUGCGGUCUAUUACUGUAGAGUGUGGGGAGAUAUCAGUGGGAAUGGAACCCAGCUGACUGUAACAGAUCCAUUGGCUGAUCCAGUCCUCAUUCAGGAACCAGUGGUCAGCAAGGUAGCAGAGGGUGAAACUGCCGAGUUCCAGUGUGCCAUGUACAAUGCCAGUGUGAUUGACACUGAUGUCCACUGGCACUAUCAACGACCUGGCAGCAAGAGGGAGUGGAUGAUAAGCCACUUUGUGAAUGGCACCCUUACCACGGCCCACGGUUUCCACGAUCGGAUUCUGCUUUCCAGGAAUGUCCGCAGGAACAGUUACAUUCUGAGCCUUGUAAAUGUGACUUGGAAUGAUACUGCUGUGUACAGCUGCAGUGUGUGGGGCUACAUCUAUGGAGCAGGGAGCCAGCUCAAAAUAACUGAAAUAACUCACCUCUGGAAGACAAAACUUGUUUGGUUUAUUCUGGGAGCUCUGUUUGGAAUUACGGGAAUAAUUUUAUUCAUUGGAUUCACACGUCUGAGAAAAAAGCAGUUUUCCACAUCACAAUCUGGAGCAGCUGAUGACCCGGACACAACUGCAGAUUAUAAAAAUGCGAGAACACUGCAGAACUCAAAAGAUUUUCCAGAAGAUUCCAAUGCUACGUACACGACGCUACAGCCAGUGGAUCAGUCUGUUUACAGCGACCUUAAAGGUAAGAAAUAAACAGCUGACGGUUGAACUGCUGAAUAAGUCCUUCCUGGGGGAUGAAGACACCCAUUGGACAUUUUGAUCAAGAAAGAUCAUUGGACCAAACAAGUCUGUUCUCCAUCCCCAAUCCCUAAUCCCCUCUCCUGUUCCAGAAGCUGAUCUGAUUCACUGCGGCUCCCAGUUUCUCUCUUCAUAUCAGCACCUCUCAUUGGUUACACAUUCCACAACUGGAUCCAUCUUUGAGUAGUUUUCAUUGACUCUUUCCUGAAAUGUGGGUCUCAUUGGCAAGGCCAGCAUUUGUUCCCAAUCCCUAACUGCCCUUAAGCUGAUUGCUUCUUGGGGCCAUUUCAGGGGGCAGUUAAGAGUCAGAUAUAUUACUGUGGGUCUGGAGUCACAUGUAGGCCAGGUUAAGGAUGGCACAUUUCCAUCCCAAAAGGGCGUUAGGGACCUAGGUGGGAUUUUACAAUCCUCAGUGAUAGUUUCAUGGUCACCAGCACUGAGAUCAGCUUUCUACUUAACUUUAUGAAUUGAAUUUGAUUUCCAUCAGCUGCUGGAGCAGAUAUUAACCAUGUUCACAGAUCAUUAGCCAGUGUUUCUUGAUUAUUCAACCAGUGAUAAUUCUGCCUGACCACAAUCUCAGAAUGAACAUUACCCAGUGGGGUUCAGACCGGCUUUAAUUAUUGCCACCUUCACCGUCUUCUGUUCCUCAUAGUUUUUCAUCAGUUUCCUUUGAAACCCGCCUUCACCAUCGUAAGAAGUUUAAUUUGAUCAAACUGAAUUCUUCUGCCUUGCUUCCACACUGCCCCACCCCCCCCCCCAUCAUUCCCUGGCCACUCCCUCAUUCACUGACCCUACCCCACUUAUUGAUCCCUCCCUCACUCACCUACCCUCCCUCACUCACAGCCCCUUCCUGCUCACUGCACCUUCUCUCAUUCACAUCCCCUCCCUCACUUGCCCACACCUCUCCACUCACUGCCCCCUCCCUCACUCACCCACUCUUCUUCACUCACAGCCCCUUCCCCCUCAAUGCCCCCUCCCUCUCUCACCUCCCCUCUCUCACUAACAGCCCCUUCCCACUCAAUGCCUCCUCUCUCAUUCACGUGCCCUUCACUUGCCCACACCUCUCCACUCAAUGCCCCCUCCUUCACUCACCCCCACAGUUCCCUCAUUCACUGCCCUUUCCCUCACUCGAUCCCUGCCCCUCAUUCACUGUCUUACCCCUCCCUCCUUACUCACUCAUAUCCCUCCCCACUCAGUGCACAUUCACCCAUUCCCUGACCCCUCCCUCACUCCCUCACCUACUCCCUGAUGCCCCCUCAUUGCACCUCCUCCUCCCUCAUUAACUCUUCUCUCCUUCCUUUGAUGAUCUGAGGAAUACCUCACUCUCAGGCAAUGAAGUUGCUUCAAUGCCCUCUGUAUUUUCUCACAGACCAGGGCCACCUGUCAGCUCCUUGUCUCUUUGACUGGAAGCUUGGUUUCUGAUGCAAAGAGACACCAACAGCAUGGGUUCAAUUCCCACACUGGCUGAUGUUAUCAUGAAGGACUCUCCUUCUCAACCUCACUGUCACCUGAGGCGCGAUGACCCUCACUCGUCAUCUCUGUCUCUCUCUCUCUCUCUGUGAUGAAAGAGCUGCCUCUGGGACUUUAAUGAUGUUACCUUUUACCCUGACUGUAUAAAGCACAGCGUUCCCCAGUGUCAACUCACAAAUUGCAGUUUUGGAUUGUGCUGUAUUCGGCUGAAGGACUCUAACUGUAAUAUUGAAACCAAUUUCCUGUUGUGUUUUUGAUGAGUCAGAAAAAGAUUUGGAUGUAUAGCAGGGAAAACACUGUGACUGCAUAACACUCACUGGGAUUGAGUUAUUUGCUGAUGAACUAUUUUCACUGUGACUUAAUGUAAAUGGUUUGACCACAGUUAUAUGAUAUCUUAGGUGAGUUGGCCAUGCUAAAUUGCCCGUAGUGUUAGGUGCAGGGGUAAAUGUAGGGGAAUAGGUCUGGGUGGGUGCGCUUCGGCGGGUCGGUGUGGACUUGUUGGGCCAAAGGGCCUGUUUCCACACUGUGGAAAGUAAUCUAAUCUAAACUAAUCUAAUCAAGAUACAGUUGGAGGCGCUGGAUGCUGCAAUAGCUAUGGGCCCUGACACCAUAGUGUCCAGCUAUAGUACUGAACCCUUGUGCACCAGAACUUGCCGCACCCAUAGCCAAGCUGUUCCGGUACAGUAACCCUGGCGUAACUCGAUUUCACCAGUUUCCUCAACUCUUCUCCCCCUACCUUAUCCUAGAUCCAACCUCCCAAUUCAGCACCACCCUCUUGAACUGUCCUACCUGUUCAUCCUCCUUCCCAUCUUUCCGCUCCAACCUCCAUUCCAACCUAUCACCAUCACCCUCCCAACUACAUCCAACUUUCACCUUCCCAGAUACCUUCCCCCAGUCCCAUACACCUCCCAUUUAUUUCUCACUCCCCCUUGGGACUCCCACAUUCCUGAUGAAGAGCUUAUACACGAAACAUCGACUCACCUGCUCCUCAGAUGCUGCUUGAUCGGCUGUGCUUUUCCAGCACCACACUUUUUGACCCUGAUCUCCAGCAUCUGCAGUUCCUCACUUUCUCCCGAAGAUUGUCUACUAUCUGCAAGCCACACAACAGGAAAGUGAUAGAAUACUCCCCACUUGCCUGGAUGGGUACAACAAUACUCCAGAUGUUUAAUACCACUCAGGCGAAAGCAGCCCAUUUACAGUUAUAGAGUUAGAUAGCAUGGAAACAGACACUUCAGUCCAACCAGUCCAUCCCAACAAUAAUUCCAAUCUAAAUUAGUCCCAUCCCUCUAGACUUCACCCACAUCCCUCAAAACAUUUCUUAUUCAUGUACUUAUCCAAAUGUCUUUUAAACAUUGCAACUAUACCCACAACUACCACUGCCACUGGAAUUUUAUUCCACACACAAAGCACUCUCUGUGUAAAAAGUAAGUUGCCCCCUCAUGUUGUUUUUAAAUAUUUCACUCCUCACCUGAACGAUAUGCCUGGUAGUCUUGAAACCCCCCAUUCUACAGAAAAGAGACCUCUCAUUCACGUUAUCUAUAACUCUCAUUGUUUAUAAACCUCUACAAGGUCACCCAUCGAUCUCUCUCAAUUAUCACCACAUCCAGAAGCAUAGACUCCCUCAGCCACCGACACUCAGUAGCAGCAGUGUGUAUUAUCUACAAGAUGCACCGUAGAACCUCAACAAAGGUCCUCAGACAGCACCAUCCAACCUCAUGGCCACUUCCACCUAGAAGGUCAAGGACAGCAGAUACAUGGGAACACCAACUCAUGCGCCAAUAACCAUCCUGACCUGGAAGUGUAUUGUGUACGCUCAGUGUCACUGAGUCAAAAUCCUGGAAUUCCCUCCCUAAGGAUAUUGUGGGUCCACCUUCACCACAUGGACUGCAGUGAUUCAAGAAGGCAGCUCACCCCCAAUUUCUCAAUGGGGCAAGGGAUAAACAAUAAAUGCUGGCUCAGCCAGUGACACCCCUGUUCCAGAAAUGAAUGAACAGAUUCCAGGAUAUUUAUUUGAAUAUCCAUUUCAUCUGUUGUUGGAUUUGAAGAUUCUGGGAAGUUUAAAGGAGAAUUAUCUACAACUAUCUUCAAGUAGAGCUGUGGAGUGGAGAUUUCUUGUUCAGUGGAGGUUUUAUUGAUUAAUUACUGCAAUGUAGAUUUGAUAUUACCAAAGGGAUUUAGCUGUCUCCAAAUACCCUGUUCCCUAUUGCUUUAAAUGAUUGUA